CAGAUGAAUGGUUGGGAAACCAGUUUUUACUCCUGGAGCGCGAUCAAGAGAUACCCAAUGACACUCACGACAGCCCAGAAGCCAAUCACGAUUCCUAUUCAGAUGCGCAUGAUGACUCGAAUAGUUUGGAGAGCAACAGGAUCAAUUAUCAUGAUCAAGAUCCCGAUAAUAAUUCAGAUCUGGAAUCCGAAUCAUAUUUUAUGAUGGAAGAGGCAGAUAGAGAUGCAAAUAGGCAUGAAGCAGCGACAACGAUUUACGAGGGUACUGGGGAGCGUUUCUACCGCUCAAAGGACUAA